UCCCCAUACCGUUAUCUUUUUCUAACGGAUCCGUUAAUUCCGUUACCACACGUUAAUUAGUUUCCUGUAAUACUCAAAACGACGUCAUUUCAUUGAAAUCAAAAAAUCAAAAUUCCCAAAUUGAUUUCAAAAUCCCUAAAUUCCAAAAUGGAAUCCAAUUCAUUUUUCUUCAAUCCAUCUGCUUCACAUGGCAACAUCAUGUUCUUCUUUAGGAAUCUCAAUCCCGUUGUCCAAGCUGUUCGUUUGAAUUCACGAAGGGGGAGGAACAAGAUCGAUGAUGAACAAGGAGGAAACAUCAAAGCGAAGGCCCUUCUUUAGCUCUCUUGAGGAUCUUUACGACGAUGACUAUUACGACGACCAAUUGCUGAAAAUAAGAGGCUGUUAGGGAUUUGGUUUUUAGAAUUUAGGGAUUUGAUUUUUGGAAUUUAGGAAUUAAGGAUUUGUUUUUUUGGAAUUUAGAGAUUUUGAAAUCAAUUUUAGGAAUUUUGAUUUUUUGAUUUCAAUAAAACGACGUCGUUUGAGUAUUGACGGAAACUAAUUAACAUGUGUUAACGGAAUUAACGGAUCCGUUAAUGAAAGAUAACGGCAUGGGGACAUUUGUGUGAAACGGCC